AUGGAAUCUUGUACACCAAUUUAUAAUACUUCUGAAUUAACAAAUGAUAAUAUUGGCAAUGAAAUAAAUACUAAAACAUUAUCUCAUACUUUAGAAGAAUCAAUUCGACAAAAUACAAAUGAAGAUAAUCAGAGUUUAGAAACGAACAUUGAAAUAUCUUCCGUCAACAUCGAUUUGUCAAUCAACAGAUCAACUGAAUCCAUUAUACAAAAUAUGAAUAAUGAUCAUCAAGACAAUGAACGCGUUCUCAUAAACAUUGCCGAAAUCAAUAAUAAUAUAACAUAUCUGUGGAAAAUUCGAGCUGAAAUAACUUGUGAAUAUCCGAAACGUACUUUUCUUAAUACACAUGGAACAGGUGAAAUCUCAAAUUGGGAUUUAACUGAUGCAUCUGGUUCUAUCACUUUGGUUGCAUUCAAUCUUAAUUCACAUACCAUGUCAAGUAAAUUGAAAAAAAAUAAGGCAUACGAAUUUUCAAACUUAAAUAUUCGACCAGCAUCGGAUGCAUUUAAAACAUUAUCACAUCAGUUUCAAUUACUUUGUACAAAUGGAACAACUGUUAAAGAAAUUGAUUUUCGACUUGAUCAUCAACACUCGUGUUAUAAUUUCGUUCAUUUGAAUCAAGUCAAUUCAAUUCCAAUGCAUUCAAUUAUUGAUGUACAAGGACGUGUUUUACGUGAUUUUGGUAUUUCAACUGGUGAACGUAAUGAUAAUAUAUGGAGUCGACGAGAUAUACAUAUUGAUCAAGAUGGUUCUCAUUUCUCAAUGACUUUAUGGAAUAGCCAAGCUCGUUUGGUCGAUCGUAAUAUGGUUGGUCUUAAUAUAAAAUUUUAA